AGCAGACUGCAGUAGCGACUCGGACGGCCAAGGGGAAGGUACGCCCCUGUCGGUCUCUGGUGUCUGACAGUGCUGGCUGGACUUGACAAUUACAGACUUUUUUGACAACAACCCCGGGGCUUUUCGCUGUAACCCGCGGUGGGGAUAAAAAAAAUAAAAAUAAACGGUGGUUACGGGGUUAUUAAAAUAAUAUAUAAAACAUCUAUAAACACACACGAACUUUAAACACAGAGCGAUAUUAUUUCGCUUUUUUUCAAUCGACGAAACGAAAUAGAAAAAAAGGCGAGAAAAUGAUGUGAACGAAAAUCACGGCGCUUGACUUACGCGUCAGGACGACCAGAAGAAAGAAAACGUGACUAAAGCAAAACUCUUGAGAAGAUUAAGUGAAGGGCAAAUACACGAAAUAAAUGAAAGAAAAUUGAUAUAUGUAAAAAGAAUAAAAGAAAAUAAAGGGAAACUAAGAAAAUAAAUAUAUAUGAAAUAAAUACAUAUAUCACGUGGCAGUGAAGUGACAGCAACGUAAUACAAUAGGCCUUAAAAAAAGAGAAGCUUCCAGUAUUUUGCUUGUCACAAUUCUGGCUCGGGCAUCGCUAAGGCUGACGAAGUCCGCUCACGACCUUCUGCCGCCUUCACAAACGCACCUACACGCCCACACGCCCACACAAUGAACAGCCCGAAGCCCUCUGGUCUCCGCACGCCCACCCGCAUUGGGCGUGCUGCUUCCGGGAUCCCUGUCACGCCCGGAACACCCCCGACGCCGCCCACACCGCCCACGCCCCCGACACAGAAUAAGCCGUUCAAAAUCGCUCCUCUGUCUACGCCCUCGCCGUCUGCAGGAGCUAACGGUGACCGAGUGGAUGUAGAAGUAGAAAAACUGCGACGCCUCAGUGAAGAGUUCGCCAGGAAAACCGACUCCACACUGCUCAACGGCUCCGCUAGACACAAAAGUCCUUCGCCUCAACCCAAACCAGCUCUCCCAACGUACACAAACUUCAAGCAGUUCCACCAUAAGCGUGCCAGAUCCCCUCUGAGAGAAAACGGCCUCUCGCCCUCUGUCAUCCUCGAGACAAAGAAGGGUCUGUCUGAGGAACCUUUCCUUCCCUUCACCUUCCCCGAUCUGCCUUCCUACAAGAUGCCUUCUCAGAGGCGCUUCAGCGAGGAUGUGUCCUUCCGCCGACCGCUGGCCACACUGCAUGAGGAUGAGGUGGUUGCCAGGCGACGCUUCAGCGAGGAUGUCCGCAAGAAAUCCUUGGACACUUCCACCGUGAUGGACGACAUAUUCAAGCACCAGCGGCGUCUGUCGGAGGCUGGAGUUCGCCGUUUGUCAGAUGCUUCCGUCGUGUUGACAGAGGACACUGACAGUUUCAUCAUUGGAGACCGAGUGUGGGUUGGUGGUACGAAGGGGGGACACAUUUCCUACAUUGGAGAGACACAGUUUGCCCCUGGAGAGUGGGCAGGAGUUACUCUUGAUGAACCCAUUGGCAAGAAUGAUGGAAGUGUGGCAGGUGUGCGUUACUUCCAGUGUGAGGCCAAGAAAGGCGUCUUCUCUCGCCUCACCCGCCUGUCCCGUACACCUCUCACCGACCAGGACAUCGAGAUCCUGACAUCCAGAUCUUCCACCGUAGGAUCAGACUCCCCAAAGACCAAUGGUACCCCCGCAGCUAGUGUGGCCUCAGGCCCUACAUCAUCUACCACACGUAAGAUUACUCCUGCCAGUGCCCCAGCAGGCUCCACUGCUUCCUCCACCUCUGCUGUUGCUGCUAAGUCAGGUUCUCCUGCCCCUGCUUCUACUCCAAGGAAAGCUUCUAAUGCUACCCCAGCUUCUGUAUCCUCAGACUUGAAAGUAGGAGACCGUGUAGUCAUCAACAGUGCUUCAGGAGUCAAGCAUGGCACACUGCGCUUCAUUGGAAAGGCAGACUUCGCUGAGGGCGUUUGGGCUGGGGUGGAAUUGGACGAGCCCAAUGGCAAGAACGAUGGUUCUGUGGCUGGCAAGAAAUAUUUUGAGUGCAAGAACAAGUAUGGGUUGUUUGCCCCAGUGGCCCGCGUGAGCAAGUUUACAGGGGGUUCAGGAACCCCGCGCCGUACCUCAUCCCUGUCCCAGACCCCCCGGGGCUCCCUCCGCCGUUCUAACAGCAAGGAGUCCAUUGGCGGGUCUUCCGUUGCCUCUUCCACGACGUCAUCCAUUCGGGGUACCAGGGAAGCGCUCGCAGAAAAAACCCAACAUGUUGAUCAGCUGAUGAGAGAGCGUGAUCUGGAGAGGGCAGAGGUAGCACGGAUGGCUGCUCAGGCAGAUGAGGCUACCAGGGCAGCUCAGGACAUGCGAAUGCAACUUGAUCAGCUACAAGUGGAGUCGGAGGAGCGCCUGCACGACCUGGGUGAACGAGUGCGCCUACUGGAGAAGGAGCGGGAAGACAUUCUCACCAAACUGGAGGACAAGCAGAGGGAGGUGGAUGACCUGGCCUUCCGUCUGGAGGAGGAGUCCAUCACCAAGGCCGAUCUUGAGAAAUUGGAACGCCUGAAAGCAAGUCAGAGCACAACAGAUGGAGAGUACAUCAAAGAAAUGAAGAAGGAGGUGGAGGAACUAAGAAAAAAACUCAAAGAACGAGGAACCAUAGAGGCUAACAGGGCAUUCGAGAUGGAAGAAUUGGAGAUUAACCUGAGAGCUAGUGUGGAAGAACUUCAAGCUAAGCCAUGAAGCGCGUGUUGGAGAGCUGGAAACUGAGAAGUUUAAUGUGAUCGAAGAGGUUGUAGUACUACAGGAACAACUAACGACGGCCAAGUCCAGCAUAGAAGAAAGAGACCAGAGGAUGAAGGAAAUGGAAGAGGAAGUCAGCAACGUGUCAAACCUACGUGCUAAAGUUGAUCUUUUGGAGAAAGAAAAGAGGAGUUUGGAGAACAAGAUAGUAGAUCUCAGGGUCCAAGUGGCAUCAACAGAAAUCACAAAUAAUGAUUCUGACAACUUUGUUAAGGAAUUGAAAGAUGAAAAAGAUCAGCUGGAAGGACAGGUAAACUUCCUCAAUACUGUUAUUGUUGACAUGCAACGAAAGAAUGAUGAACUCAAGACACGCAUAGAGAUCUUUGAACUUGGAAAUGUUUCUGAUGACACUAAAGCUAAUAUGAAUGGAAUGAGUCCAAAAGGACGUUAUGUGGUAGCUCCGAGAUUAUAUUGUGACAUCUGUGACUGCUUCGACGCCCACGACACAGAGGACUGCCCGAAACAGGCCUCAUCAGACUCUCCUCCUCCGUCACAACACCAUGGGGAAAGAGGCUCAACGAGACCAUACUGUGAUACUUGUGAAGUUUUUGGCCACGAAACUGGGGAAUGUAAUGAUGAUGAAACCUUCUAAAUCGGCUGACAUGAUAUAUGCAUAUAGUUUUGGUACUGUGGUGAAACCCUACUUGGAGUGUUCUCAAAGAUGAGCUUGUAAAUAGGUCAAAAGUCCACUAGGCAUUAAGGUAACUGACUUGUUAAAGGCAUUUGUAUGAUAGCUGGACUGUCUUAUAGGCUUUUUAACUUGCGUCUUGUUUUGCAGUGAUGAGUGUUCUGAGAAAAGAAGCAAUAAUUUCUGGCCUUAUAUCGAGAAGUUGAAAAUGAGCUUACAUAAUAGCCAUGUACAGUGGCAUAUAUUUAAUGUUGAAAAAAGAAAAAUGUUAUUUGCAUUUCUUGUUACUCAAAUUUAUCUAUAGAAAAUAUAAUAAGCAUUGUCCAUUUGUACAGAGCUUACAGGAUAUGAAAGUUAGUGUUUCAGAUAAAAUUGGGGAUAUGAUAGUCCAUCUUCAAACCUUUAUCUUAUGUCCUCAUCCAAAUUGUAAUCAAAAUUUAUUUUAUAUGCAUCUUAUUUUGUCAUUCAAUUCAGAAUUUAGAUAAAUAUUGUCCAUCUACUAUUUUGAAUAAAGGAUAUUAAUGUAU